AUGCGCCAGGGCAAGCCCAUCCUGGAGCAAACAGGACCUUUGUUUAGGAGCCACACACGCCCCAGGUACCAGUAUUUGAGUAAGGAAGGAGAUAACUGUCGAUGCUCUCAUGACCUCUCUGACAGUCCAUAUGGCGUAGUGUGCAAGUAUUUUCAAAGAGGGUACUGUGUUUAUGGAGACCUCUGCAGAUACGAACACAGCAAGCCACUGAAACAGGAAGAAGUGACUGCCACAGAUCCGAGUGCAAAGCCAUCCUCCAUUGCUGCUUCCUCAAGUCUCCCUUCUGGUGUUGGAUCACUUGCUGAAAUGAAUCCAGGCGAAGCUGAGUCAGGAAACCCAAACAUUCCAACUGUAGCAGCGGGUUCAGAGGACUGGGUGAAUGCCAUUGAGUUCGUCCCUGGACACCCCUACUGUGGCCGUACUGCCCCAUCCUGCACUGAAGUACUGCAGGGCUCAGUGACCAAGGAGGAGUCAGAGAAGGAGCCAACUACCGUGGAGACAGAGAAGCAGCUUUGCCCCUAUGCUGCAGUGGGAGAGUGUCACUAUGGGGAAAACUGUGUGUAUCUCCACGGAGACUCCUAUGACAUGCGUGGCCUGCUGGCCCUACACCCAAUGGUUGCUGCCCAGAGGUCACAGCACAUAAAAUCGUGCAUUGAGGCCCAUGAGAAGGACAUGGAGCUCUCUUUUGCUGUUCAACGCAGCAAGGACAUGGUGUGUGGGAUCUGCAUGGAUGUGGUCUAUGAGAAAGCCAACCCCAGCGAGCGUUGCUUUGGGAUCCUCUCCAACUGCAACCACACCUACUGUCUCAAGUGUAUUCGCACGUGGAGAAGUGCUAAACAAUUUGACAGCAAGAUCAUAAAGUCCUGCCCCGAAUGCCGGAUCACUUCUAACUUUGUCAUUCCAAGUGAGUAUUGGGUGGCAGAGAAAGAAGAGAAGCAGAAACUCAUUCAGAAACACAAGGAGGCCAUGAGCAACACGGCGUGCAGGUAUUUUGACGAAGGGCGCGGGAGCUGCCCAUUUGGAGGGAACUGUUUUUACAAGCAUGCGUACCCUGAUGGCCGUAGAGAGGAGCCACAGAGACAGAAAGUGGGAACAUCAAGCAGAUACCAGGCCCAACGAAGGAGCCACUUCUGGGAGCUCACUGAGGAGAGAGAGAACAACCCCUCUGACCACGACCCAGAGGAGGUUGUCACCUUUGAGCUGAGCGAGAUGUUGCUUAUGCUUUUGGCUGCAGGUGGGAACGACGAGCUGACAGACUUUGAGGACGAGUGGGACUUGUUUCACGAUGAGCUGGAGGGUUUUUAGGACUUGGAGCUAUAG